CAUGGAUGGGGGUUUAAAUGACCUGUGGGCAGGGCCCUAUCCACCAGUCCUGGCCUCUGAGUCCAGCGCAGGACCCGCUGGGAAUGCUCCGGGCACUGACCAAGGCCAGUGUGCCCUGGGCCCCGCGCAGCAGGCUGGAUUGCAGCAUGGCCUCCCAUCCGCUGCUGGUGCAGCCCCCUGACACCCUCCGCAGACCGCUCCACGUCCCCAGCCGGCUUCUGCUGGGGCCGGGCCCCUCUAACCUGCAGCCUCGGGUCCAGGCGGCUGGCCGACUGCCCGUGAUCGGCCACAUGCACAAGGAGAUGUUCCAGAUCAUGGACGACAUCAAACAGGGCAUCCAGUAUGUGUUCCAGACUAAGAAUGCCCUCACACUGGCGGUCAGCGGCUCCGGACACUGCGCCCUGGAGACCGCCCUGUUCAACCUCCUGGAGCCUGGGGACUCUUUCCUGGUUGGGGUGAAUGGCAUCUGGGGACAGCGAGCUGCCGAGAUUGGAGAGCGCAUUGGAGCCAGGGUGCAUCCAUUGCUCAAGGAGCCCGGAGACUGCUACACACUGCAGGAGGUGGAGGAGGGUCUGGCCCAGCACAGGCCGGCGCUGCUGUUCCUCACCCACGGGGAGUCAUCCAGCGGGGUGAUGCAGCCCCUGGACGGCUUCGGAGAGCUCUGCCACCGGUGAGUCCCGCCCUGGCAGUGUGGAGCCGCACAGACCUCUCCUGCCCAAGGAGGGCAGGUUCCUCACCUUCCCUCUGUUCCAGGCAUUGAUGUUCUGUAUUCCGGCUCCCAGAAGGUCCUGAAUGGCCCCCCAGGGCUCUCCCUCAUCUCCUUCAGCAGCAAGGCCAAGUGCAAGGUCUCUGCCCGGAAGACCAAGCCCUUCUCCUUCUACAUGGACAUCAUGUGUCUGGCCAACCUGUGGGGCUGUGAUGAUAAACCUAGGAUGUACCAUCACACCAUGCCCGUCACUGGCUUGUUCUGCCUGAGGGAGAGCCUGGCACUGGUGGUAGAGCAGGGCCUGGAGGCCUGCUGGAGGCAGCACCGCCUGGCCUCGGCCUACCUGCACUCGCAGCUGCAGGAGCUAGGCCUGCAGCUCUUCGUGAAGGACCCGGCCAUCCGGCUCCACACGGUCACCACAGUGGCCGUGCCCCCCGGCUACAGCUGGAGGGACAUCACCGACUACUUGAUGGACCACUACAGCAUCGAGAUCACCGGCGGCCUCGGGCCCUCUCUGGGGAAGGUGCUGCGGAUUGGCCUGAUGGGCUGCAACGCCACCAGGGAGAACGUGGACCGCGUGGCCGAGGCCCUGCGGGAGGCGCUGCGGCGCUGCCCCCAGCGCAAGCUGUGACCCCCAGCGCGCCCGGCGGAGCCCACGGACGGCGCGAGGCCCGUCCCGCCGGGCACCGCAGGCAGGGCAGGGUGGGGCAGCCUCUCCCCACACGUGGAACCUUCUGGAAUAGCGCCCACAGUGCCUCCCACGGGAGCCCCCGUCCUCCCAGGACACGGGUGCCUCUCAGCACCCAAUAAAGGGCCGGUCCGCUCUCCUCU